ACUAAGAACUUGGACUUCCGCCGAAAGUGGGACAAAGAUGAAUACGAGAAACUUGCAGAGAAGCGGCUCACAGAAGAGAGAGAAAAGAAAGAUGGCAAACCAGCUCAGCCUGUCAAAAGGGAACUUCUGCGGCACCGAGACUACAAAGUGGACCUGGAAUCGAAGCUGGGGAAAACCAUCGUCAUCACCAAAACUACCCCUCAGUCUGAGAUGGGAGGGUAUUACUGUAACGUGUGUGACUGCGUGGUGAAAGACUCCAUUAACUUCCUGGAUCACAUCAAUGGCAAGAAACACCAGAGAAAUCUGGGCAUGUCCAUGCGAGUGGAGCGCUCCACGCUGGACCAGGUGAAGAAACGCUUUGAGGUGAACAAGAAGAAGAUGGAAGAGAAGCAGAAGGACUAUGACUUUGAGGAGAGGAUGAAGGAACUCCGCGAGGAG